AUGAUCCCUGGCAUGAAACACAUGGACAUGGUCUACGGUGGAGCCUUUUGCACAGUCAUUGCUGCAAGUGGCGAAGACGCAAACGCUGGGGUUCCUGGCAUGGGAAGUUUACCUCAAUAUAAACUGUACACCAGCGAAGUCCACCCGGGGAUCAAGUUGAUGUUGAGUCAGGGGAUGGAUACACACUUAAAGCGGACUCAGUAUUACACACGAGCUUGGACAUUUCAGGGAUACUUCCUGUCUCCUCCACGCAUUGGGUUUGACAAACAUCAGGUCUACUACCUCUGCCGCUCAAAUGCUUGGAGCGAAGAGGAAGAAGAAAUACGAGACUGGGGUAUAUCGAAUGAUGGCAGCGUGAUGCCUAUGCUGCAAAGUUAUUGGAAGAAUAUCAAAACCCACAUCCACGACGCAAUUAUGACUAUUCUGUUCUACUACACGGAUCGGCAAUUGUCAUAA